UCCUACCGUCACUCACACACAGACACAGACACAGUCACUGAGCUGAGCUUUCAUGAUUUCAUCUCUUCUCUUUCCAUCAUAAUGAUUUAACAAAACAAGAUCACUUUUUUAAUACGAUUUUGCAAUUAAACAAAACCAAAAAAAGAUGCCCAACUCCGAAACAGUGCCCACCACCAUUUCUCCCACUUUCCCUUUCCCAACACUUUUUUCCUCCACCCCAUAUACCGUCUUUGUAUUUUCUUCCACACUCUUCUCCUGCCCUUAAUCUUUCAAUUCCUCGUUUAUCUCUGAAAGAAAAAGAAAAGGGGGAAGAUUUUUGCUAAGAUUUCAGUUAAUUUUAUCCCACUCUUUCACAGAACCAAAUUCUUUGCUUGCAACUAAAGGCUGUUUGUUUACUAUAGCAACACCUAAAACCCCAUGUUUUUUCCGUUACCCUGUUCUUGUUCUGCUCGAGAUUCGUGUUUCUUGUGAUGCUUGUUCCUAUGUGAAGUGGGCUGUGAAAUAAAGGGUUUGAUUCGAGACGAAGGAUAUGUCCUUAGAGGUGGCGACCGUUGUGGAAGAUGCGGCGGAAUAUUCCUUUGCUAUGGAAUAUCACGGGCCUCCGAUAACCCGUGAGCUGCCGCGGGCCGUGCCCAUCAAUGUGGAUCGGAUUCCGGUGGCUGCUGUUGUUUCUCCGCUGCCGUUUUCGGGUAAUUUGUCGCUGCCCAUUGUGCAACCAAUAUCUGCUACUGACAUAAUCGGAAAGAAGCUGUCGAAGGAUUUGAAAUUAAGCUCCACCUCUGCCGAGUUAUUGACUGUUUCCCCGACUUCAGUGAUUGCAUUUGAGUCUCGGAACAAUGAGGUGAGUGAGGGUUCUUAUAGUAAAGAACUAGGGUUGGGGACUGAAACUAGUGUUUCACCUAGCUCGGUUGGUAAUGCAUCGGAUGAAAGAGAACCUGAAAAUUGUCAUAGUAAUGAUGUUUGCGCUUUGUCCGGUGAGUUAAGUAGUGAUUUUGAGUGUUGUCAUCGUGAUGGCGGGGUGAACGGAGCAAAUGAGAGGGGAUAUUCUUCAAUUAGUCCUGAUCGUUCAUGUGAGUUAGGUGGGGUUGGGACUUCAGAGGCUUUAGGGUCUUUGGAUAGCUUUGAGAAGUCAAGGGAUUCCUCGGGGAGUCUGCACAAGUCGAGGCUGUCUAGUGGUUUUAAAGAGAGCUUAGAUUUUAAUGAGUCUAAUCGAACAGACUGGGCAUCCAAUGAGUCAGUGUUGAGUAUGGAUUAUCUGUCCUCUAGGGUUUCUUCUCGUAAGUUUGGGGAUGGGAAUAAUGAAUCUGCUUGUGAUGUGAGGCGAGGCCCCGUGGUUACAUUUUGUGAUAUUGAGUCAGAUGAUGGAAAUACGAAUGAGGAGCUUAGUCGUUCAGAACCUGAGGUGGUUAGAGCAAAGAAAGAACCUACUGUUGAAGUAAAGAAAGGAGCGUGUUAUCGGUGCUUGAAAGGAAAUAGAUUUACAGAAAAGGAGGUAUGCAUGGUUUGUGAUGCUAAGUAUUGCAUUAACUGUGUGCUUAGAGCAAUGGGGUCCAUGCCUGAAGGUAGAAAGUGCGUGACUUGCAUUGGAUACCCCAUUGAUGAAUCAAAGCGCGGAUCUUUGGGAAAAUGCUCUAGAAUGCUCAAGCGGUUGCUCAAUGAUCUUGAGGUUCGGCAGAUAAUGAAGGCUGAGAAAUUGUGUGAAGUGAACCAAUUGCCACCUGAGUAUAUCUAUGUGAAUGGUAGGCCUCUUUAUCAUGAGGAGUUGAUCAUGCUGCAGAGCUGUCCUAAUCCACCAAAGAAGCUGAAACCAGGAAAUUAUUGGUAUGACAAAGUAUCAGGUCUUUGGGGAAAGGAAGGACAGAAGCCUUCACAAAUUAUUAGCCCCCAUCUGAAUGUUGGGGGUCCUAUUAAGGCAGAUGCUAGCAAUGGAAACACCCAAGUUUAUAUAAAUGGUCGUGAGAUCACAAAAGUGGAAUUGCGUAUGUUAAAGUUAGCGGGAGUUCAAUGUGCCGGGAAUCCACAUUUUUGGGUGAAUGAUGAUGGUUCGUACCAAGAGGAAGGACAGAAAAAUACAAAAGGUUAUAUCUGGGGCAAGGCUGGAACGAAGCUGCUUUGUGCUGUACUUUCUCUCCCAGUUCCUUCUAAAUCAUCACAUCCUUGUGGGGAGCAAGUAACUAGCAUGAUCAGUCGGAGUAUGCCAGAUUAUCUUGAACAAAGAGCAAUUCAGAAACUUCUUUUGAUUGGAUACAGUGGAUCUGGGACAAGUACCAUAUUUAAACAGGCUAAAAUUCUUUACAAAGACAUACCUUUCUCCGAGGAUGAGCGUGAACAAAUUAAAUUAGUGAUCCAGAGCCAUGUGUAUACUUACAUCGGGAUACUUCUUGAGGGCCGCGAGCGCUUUGAAGAAGAAAGUCUGAAUGACUUGAGGCAAAAUCAGUCUUCUGAUGGUUCAGCGCUUGCAGGGCAUGUUGACUGCAAUGGUGAGAAGACUCUUUAUUCCAUAUGUCCACGACUGAAGGCAUUUUCCGACUGGCUCCUUAAGAUCAUGGCAUCAGGUACUUUGGAAGCUAUCUUCCCGGCUGCUAGUCGGGAAUAUGCACCACUGGUUGAGGAACUGUGGAGUAAUCCAGCUUUCCAGGCAACGUACAAGCGGAGAAGUGAAUUGGAAACUCUCCCCAGUGUUGCGAGUUAUUUCUUAGAGCGGGCUGUUGAGAUAUUGAAACCGGAUUAUAAACCAUCUGAUGUGGAUAUCCUUUAUGCUGAACAUGUUACUUCAUCCAAUGGGCUUUCAUGUGUGGACUUCUCAUUUCCUGAGUCAGCAUAUGAUGAUGAUGCUGACAGUGGGGAUCUGCAUGAUUCUUUGCUCAGAUUUCAGCUGAUAAGAUUACAGGCGAAAGGCUUUGGAGAAAACUGCAAGUGGCUUGAAAUGUUUGAAGAUGUUCGGAUUGUUAUUUUUUGUGUCUCUUUAAGUGACUACGAUCAGUUUGCCAUUGAUGGUGAUGGGAACGCAGUCAACAAGAUGCUGUUGAGCAAAAAGUUCUUUGAGAACAUGGUUACUCAUCCAACCUUUGAUCAGAUGGACUUCCUUCUCAUAUUAAAUAAAUUUGACUUGUUCGAGCAAAAGAUAGAACAGGUUCCUUUGAGUCUAUGUAAUUGGUUUGAUGACUUUCAUCCGGUGGUGAGUCGUAACCGCCCCAACAAUGCAAACCAUCCAACCCUUGGGCAGUUGGGCUUUCAUUACAUUGCUGUCAAGUUCAAAAGGCUCUAUGCAGCCCUGACAGGUCGAAAGCUAUAUGUAUCACUAGUGAAAGCUAUGGAGCCUAAUAGUGUAGAUGCAGCACUGAAAUAUGCAAGGGAGAUUCUAAACUGGGAUGAAGAUAGACCCAACUUUAGCUUGAGUGAGUAUUCGGUUUAUAGCACAGAGGCAAGUUCCUUCUCUCACUGAGACGGGCAAUGGAAUAGUUUCUUGCCAUUGUACAGAAAUUACAUGUGAAUGAGAAAACAAAGUUAGAUGUUGACCAUGCUCUGUUUCUAAUGUUUUCCUUAGUUGGGUUCUUGCUGAUAUAUCGAUAAGUAGCAGAUACCAUCCAAUAGUGAACGGUAGGUGAGUUUUACUGCAUUUAUAAUAGAUAGUUUCAAUUGUAAAAUUCCAGAAAAAGGAGCUACUGGGUAGUAUGUAUUUCUGGUGAAAUGGGAUUGGAUUGAACUGUUUCUAGACAGGGUGAUGUUGUGACGGUAAUGCAUUGGAUUUACUGUACAAAAUGGAACAGUGAAGGGCAGAUGUCCUAUUCCUGAAUUUGAAAAACUUGUGCCUGGUUUUGUUUACAAUUCCCUAAUUGAAUUCGUUGCUGA